UUAAAGACCGGCAAAGAAUCUUGGCCGCCAAUAAGAAUAACGUCUAUAACCGAAGGCGCCGAGAUGUCGGGCGUCUGGCGCUUUGAUCCGGAUUUUUGCGCAACCACCGGAUCGGUCCAGAGUUAGCGGACGAUAUGUGAGCGAAAAGUUGCGAGUUUUCGGAUAAUCUCAAUAACAGAAAAUGACUAAUACGUUUUAUAACAAAAAACUGACGGCCAGUUGGUUCGUCGUCAUGCUAGCCAAUUUCAUUUUCGGCGUGUCCGGAGUGAUAAUAUGCAGUCUGAAACUGAAGCACAUCGAGAAUGAGCAGUUCCAAAUGGGCUUCUUCAAAUUGUCGAUGGGAUUCGCCGCUUGCAACCUUAUACUGAGCGUUCUGCUUCUCGUGUCCGUCCUUAAGAGGGAUCAGAAAUACGCGUUCCUCUACGCGUUGCUGAUCUUCCUGAGCUUGUUCGCCGCGACGAUACACAUCGAGAGCAACACGAGCAAAGAUUUGACUUUUCUGAUCAUAUUCAUCGUUUUCGCCUCUUCCUGCUUCUUGUGGUUCUGCGUUUACGGAUCGUACCAGAUAUGGUUGAAGGAUUGCGAAGAACAGCGUGAAGACGUCAUCGUUUAGUAAACUUAGCACAUCCAUACUUAAUCGUUGUGCCUAU